AACUCAGGUCAGUAUAUGUGGUCAAAUUAUCGAUAAAAAAUUAGAUUUUUAGUUGAAAUUGAAUAAAAAAGUAUUCAUAAACUGACGUUCAAACUUCGCGCAUCAAAAAUCAGAAAAAUUGAAUUAUUUUGAGAUUGUGGUGAUUAUUGUUUUGUUUAAGUGUUAUUAUUGUCAAUAUUUCGUCAAAAAUUCAGAAUAAAAUGUCCUGAGGCUCUUUCACUUCAAUUCUAAUUGACGGUGGAGAAUUUUGGCCCUUUUUUGCUCUUUUUUGCCUUUUUUUGCUUCUUUUCGUCUUUUUGUCUUUUACCACGGUCCGCGUGAUGAUUGUUGUCACUUCGCAAUUUUCACUCAUUUUAAUUUGGUUAUUUUAAGAAAUUGUUGUGGAUAAAUUGUUAACCUUUUGUGAUUUAAAUUUGCUUAUUUUAUUCUCGUUCAUCGGCCUUGGCAAUUCAUCAAAAUGUCGCUGGUUCAGUAUAUCAUCGUGAGGUGUGAUCUUAAUUGGCCUUUGGGCGCUUUAAUUGCCCAAGGGUGUCAUGCAUCGGUCGCUGCUCUGGUUAAAUAUAAAGAACAUGAUUACACCAAAUUGUACACUCAAGAUCUUGAAAAUAUGCACAAAGUGGUUCUUAAAGCUGAUGAGGGACAAUUAAGCGAAAUGGUUAACAAAUUAAAUGAAAACAAUGUUGAUUAUUACCUUUGGAAAGAGAUGCCUGAAAAUAUAACCUCGGCAUUGGCGACAAGACCUUAUUAUAAGAAAGAUAUUCAUCCGUUUCUUAAACAUCUUAAAUUGUAUUCUUGAAGAGAAGAGGAGAAUCACAAUUAACUCUAUGUAUUGUUAAUUGAGUCAUGUUAAUGUUGAUUUCCUGGUGACUGUUAAUCAACCUCUGAUUCCAAUUUAAUAUUCAUUGAUUGUGUAACUUUUAUAGAGGAAAAGUGUCCUAAUUGUUUGAAAGAAAAUGUUUCCAUUAACUUUUACGGAAGACAAUUAAAUUUGUCAGUGAUUUUGGCUUUUAAUUUAAAUACAUAAA